AUGGCGUUGACCAAACUAGAAAACGUUUCUCCAGUUGUGUAUGUGGUAAAGGAGAGGGAGGAUCGCUUAGACUUGCAUGCAUUUGAUGCAACAGUUGAUGACCCAAUCGACGCAAGGGAAGUGUUUGAUCUACUACGCGAUAUUAACGAUCCGGAGCAUCCGUUAACUUUAGAGCAGCUAAAUGUGAUUCAAGAAGAACUUAUAACAGUCGAGACAGAUGAUGGCGAAACAAUUGUCGAUGUAAGAUAUGUCCCAACGAUACCACACUGUUCAAUGGCAACUCUUAUUGGGCUUGCAAUCCGAGUGAAGCUUUCUCGUUCCCUUCAUCCAUCUAUCAGGGUCAUCGUUCGCGUGAACCCCGGGACUCAUAACACUGCAGAUGCUAUAAAUAAACAGCUCGCUGAUAAAGAAAGAGUUGCAGCUGCAAUGGAAAACCCUUCUCUGAUGCAAGCGGCAAGAGAGCAUAAUUACAGAGCUAGAAGCGCAUUCAAACUACUUGAAAUUAACGAGAAGUAUCAUAUAAUAAAGCCAGGUUAUGCUGUGGUUGACCUUGGUGCCGCUCCUGGAUCAUGGUGUCAAGUGUUAUUAGAGCUGCUGAAAAUUCCCGAAGAAGAGACAUCUUAUGUGCUCGGAGUAGAUUUGCAAUACAUCCACCCUCUCCCAGGUGUUAGGUUACUCAGCUUAUCAGACGUGACAGAGCAAAGUACCCGAAACAAAAUCAAAGACAGUUUGAACAAUAGAGAUGUAGACGUGGUACUGAGUGAUAUGGCACCAAACCCCACCGGCGACGGAGGCGUUGACCAUGAGCGAAUCAUUAAUUUAUGCAAGAAAGCAACAGAUCUGUUUUGCCACAGUCCCUUCACUAUCAACUUGAAAGAAAGCGGCACCUUCUUGUGCAAAAUUUGGGAUGGCAGUAGACGGACAGAAUUUAUACAAUACUUAAAGCAAUACUUCAAAUCUGUAAAUACUGUUAAACCAAAAUCCAGUCGAGACUUUAGUGCCGAGAUGUACUUACUCUCACGUGGUUUUAAAUACAACGAAAAAUAA